AUGGGUAAGGAUGGAAUCUCCGAUCAAAAUUGUCGUUCGUGUGACCGACCGGACACGGCAGAUGCCAUGGUGGCCUGUGAUGCGUGCAACUGCUGGUAUCAUUUCGGGUGCGUAGGCGUAGAUUCGAGUGUAGAAAACCGCCACUGGAUUUGUCACCGAUGCCAAGCAAAGGGUUUGCUGUCCGUGGUAACAAUAAAAACACCCAAUAAGGUAACAACCAGCAGAUCAUCGUCCAUAAAAAAGGGAAAGACUGGCGGAAAACCCCUUCAGUCGCAACGUGGAAGUGCUCAAUCUAACGCUCGCUCCGCGGUACUUGAAGAACAAUUAGCAUUAUUGAAAGAGCAGGAACUUUUGCUGGAAGAGGAGCUGAAACAAAAGGAAGAGGUAGAACGCCUCGAGUUCGAGGAAAGGCAGCGGCAGAUUAACGAACGUCGACGACGGCAGGAAGAGGAGGCAAAGCUAAGAGAAGAGCAGUUGGCUAAACAAAAGGCGUUGCGAGAAGAGAGGUUAAGGUUAAAAAAGGAGUCGAUGGAUAAACGUCAAGAGCUUAUUGGGCAGCAGGCCCAGAUGAGCGAUGGAGGGUCAACGAUCUCAGCCUUGGGAAUUUCCCAAAUUUUCAACGGAAGCAGGGUGCAAAAAUGGUUGAAGGAAAAUGAAAAUUCCACGGAUGUCGGUAGUAAGGACCCCUCGGGAAAAGGGACAAUUAAUUCGUCACAACAACCAUCUUCAUCAUCAGCUUCUUUAGUCAGCGGGAAUUCAUUGCAAGGACAUUCACUGUCUGUAACACCAGCUCCAGAAGAUCCACUCACUCAACUCGCCCAACGAAUCCGAGAAAUUUCUUUAGAACUAGGAAAUUUCCGGUCGCAGCCUAACCACCCAUCAGUAAACCCUGCAUAUAUGCAAAUUGCAGCCCGCCAGGUUACGGGCAAGGAUCUUCCAGCUUUCAGCGGAAGCCCGGAAGACUGGCCGAUGUUUAUUCGGAUCUUUGAAGAGACUACGAAUGCGUGUGGAUUUUCCAAUGUGGAAAAUCAAGUACGGCUUCAGAAAUGCCUACGGGGUGAUGCUUUGGAAUCCGUUCGCAGCCGGCUCCUGAUGCCGGACGGCGUGCCACAUGUGAUUAAGACACUGGAAAUGCGUUUUGGUCGUCCAGAAUUGAUUAUUCGUUCGAUGCUAGAACGUAUUCAUCGUCUACCCUCCCCUAAGCCAGAUAGGUUGGAGACACUGAUUGAUUUUGGAUUGGCUGUCCAGUAUUUAGUCGUUCAUUUACAGGCGGCCAAACAGGAGAGUCAUCUUAACAAUCCAACUUUGCUACAGGAGCUCGUGGCAAAGCUGCCAGUGCAAUUAAAGCUUGAUUGGGCUAAAUAUAAAUUACUGAACUCGACACCCACUCUUGCUACUUUCGGAUGUUUCAUGGAGCAAUUGAUCCAAGCGGCUAGCGAAGUCUGCUUCGAUGUUCCGCUCAACCAAAACGCCAAGUUUGAAAGACCGAGAAACAAAGAAAAAAAUGUGGCUCAUUCAUACUCGCACGAAAACAAAUUUGACCGACAUUCCCUUUCACACUCGAAACGCAACGAAUUGACAAAGAAACAAGUUAAACUUUGUCAAUUUUGUAAAGAAUCGGGACAUCGAGUUUCAGGUUGCAAGGAAUUUGCAAAAAGAAACCUAGAGGAUCGUUUAAAUUUCGUGCGGCAGAAUAAUCUUUGCAGAACUUGUUUGAAUUUUCACCAGAAAUGGCCCUGUAAGACUUGGCAAGGUUGUAAUGUGGAAGGAUGUCGGGAAAAGCAUCACUAUCUCUUGCAUCCACCGAUUUCUAGCGGUCCAGUACAUCUAUCGAGCAGCCAUUCGUCUGUCAACCUCGACCGGCAAAAUAUGUUACCCUAUUUUCGUAUACUCCCAGUAGUUCUGCAUAAAAACGGGAAAAGGCAGCUGAUAUUUGCGUUUAUUGACGAAGGAUCUUCAUCGACACUAUUAGACCGCUCUGUAGCAGAUUUACUAGAAAUAGAAGGUCCAGUUGAGCCGCUGACACUGCAAUGGACUGGUAACGUUACACGGAAUGAAAAUACAUCGCGGCGGGUGCAUGUCUCUGUCUAUGGAAAGGGUAAAUCGCAGAAGCACCAAAUCACUAAUGCACGCACGGUCGAUCAUCUUAUGUUGCCAAAACAGUCGCUAUCGUAUCGAGUGCUAAGUGAAAAAUAUUCACAUCUCAGAGGGUUACCCAUAGACGACUAUCAGAUGGUGGAACCGAAACUACUCAUCGGGUUGGACAACCUGAGGCUUGGGAUACCGCUGAAAAUUAGAGAAGGAGGAGUAAACGAACAUAUAGCAGCGAAAUGCAGGCUAGGGUGGACUAUUUAUGGCAGUGAGGUGGGACAUACACCAACAGUUUCGAUAAACUUGCAUGUCCCGGCAUGUACGGAUAACGAUCGAGAGUUGAAUCAACAACUGAGCGACUACUUAACGCUGGAACAAGCCGGAGCGAAAUUUCCAUUCGACAUUCCUGAAUCAAAAAUGGACCAAAGAGCGCGCAAAUUGCUGGAUGGAACGACUCGCCGAGUGGGUAACCGAUUUGAAACCGGAUUGCUGUGGAAGUCGGACAACGUUGAAUUUCCGGAUAGUUUCCCCAUGGCUGUUCGGAGGCUUGAAGCGUUGGAGCGAAAACUUGCAAAGGAUCCCGUUUUAAAACUGCGAGUACACGAGCAACUAGAUGAAUAUGUGACAAAAGGUUACUGUCACCGCGCAAAGUCGGACGAGUUAGCAACUGCCGAUAACAAGCGCGUCUGGUACCUACCUCUUGGAAUUGUCGUCAGCCCAAGGAAACCAAAUAAGGGACCAGAUUUGCUUACACCCCUCAUUGCUGUUCUGAGUCAUUUUCGCGAACACAAAAUCGCGAUCACCGGAGAUAUAAAAGAAAUGUUCUUGCGUAUGCUAAUAUGCGCCGAAGAUCGGCAAUCACAACGAUUUCUAUGGCGGAGAAAAUCCGACGAUCCCCCCCAGAUUUAUAUUAUCGAUGUGGCUACGUUCGGGUCUACUUGUUCCCCGAGCUCAGCUCAAUUUGUAAAAAAUAGGAACGCGAUGGACUAUAUGGAAGAGUUCCCCAGAGCAGCAACAGCAAUCAUAAAAUAUCACUACGUUGAUGACUAUCUCGAUAGUUUCGCAACGGUAGAAGAAGCUAUCGAAGUAGCGAAGCAGAUGAAGCACAUUCAUGAAAAAGGGGGCUUUGAGAUUCGUAACUUCCUGUCUAAUUCUGGUCAGGUACUUUCCGCAAUCGAAAAUACGUCGCGGGACGAGUCGAAAGAACUCAGCAUCGUAAGAGUAGAAAAAACAGAAUCCGUGCUGGGAAUGCGAUGGAAUCCGCUCGCAGACGUUUUCUCAUACGCACUGUCACCUAAAGUGGAGGUUAUGAAGACAGUCCUCGCUUGGAUCAAUUCAGAUCACCGAAGGUAUCAUCAGUUUGUGGGUGUUAAAAUCGGUGAAAUAUUAUCGUCAACUCGUAUGAGCGAGUGGAAGUACGUUCGAUCAGGGCAGAACCCUGCUGAUCCUGCCACUAAGUGGGGAACAGGGCCGAAGUUCGACCUAGAGAGCUUGUGGUUCCGUGGUCCCCCCUUCCUGUAUUGUCCUAAAGAUGAAUGGCCGGAAAAUCGUCGCUUUACGACCUACACAGAAUUAACUAAUGUACAACAUGUGCACUGGGAAGCUCCGCAGCCCCUCAUCGAUGUAACUCGCUUCAGUAAGUGGGAAAGACUUCAACGAACACAAGCAUAUGUGGUACGAUUCAUUGAGAAUUAUAAACGGUUGCGGAAGGGAGAACCGAUUCAACGUGGUGAACUCUCGCAAGAAGAGUUACAACGAGCCGAAAAAUUGCUGUGGAAACAGGCUCAAGCAGACGUCUUUGCGUCGGAGAGGAAAAUUUUAUUGGACACUCAAGGGGACCCUCACGCGCGUCACAAUGUGGUACCAAAGACCAGCUCUAUACAUAAAUUAUGGCCGUACCUAGACGAGGAUGGAUUAAUUCGAAUGCGGGGUAGAAUUGGUGCUGCGUGGUACGCACCGCACGAAGCUAAGUACCCCGUGAUUUUGCCAGCUACCCACUUAAUAUCUUCUCUCCUUACAGACUGGUUCCACCGUCGCUACUGUCACGCCCACCAUGAAACCGUCGUGAAUGAAAUGAGGCAACGUUAUGAGAUACCGAAACUAAGAGCGUUGCUCAAACGAACAGUCAAAGGCUGUUUCACCUGUCGAUUAGAAAAAGCCACCCCUCUACUACCACCUAUGGCACCGUUGCCGGAACAACGACUGUCUCCGUACAUGAGACCGUUUACCUACGUCGGGGUAGAUUAUUUUGGACCCCUGUACGUGAAAGUAGGUCGCACGGAAGUAAAACGCUGGGUUGCACUCUUCACAUGUAUGACAGUGAGGGCAAUACAUCUCGAAGUGGUACACAGUUUGUCGAGCGAGUCAUGCAUAAUGGCAGUCAGGCGGUUCGUUGCCGGGCGGGGCGCUCCCGUCGAAUUUUUCAGCGACAACGGAACCUGUUUCGUUGGAGCAAACAAACAGCUACAGCAUGAGAUACAGUCCAGAAACGAAGCAUUGGCAACGACAUUCACAAACACGAAUACGCGUUGGAAAUUUAACACCCCAGGAGCACCCCACAUGGGAGGGGUCUGGGAGCGCUUGGUACGCUCGGUUAAGCAAGCUAUUGGCACGAUUAUCGAUGCACCCCGUAAACCGAACGAUGAAACGCUUAUGACAAUUCUUUCGGAUGCUGAGUCGAUGAUAAACUCGAGACCCCUGACUUACGUGCCCUUGGAAACCGCCGAUGAGGAAUCGCUGACUCCAAACCACUUCUUGCUUGGGGGUUCGUCAGGCGUGAAACAGCCACCGUCGCAACUAGUAGACUAUCGCCCUACUCUUAGAAAUAGCUGGGCUCUUGCUCAACACAUCACGGACACGUUUUGGAAAAGGUGGAUUAAAGAGUACUUGCCGGUCAUAAGGAGACGAGGUAAAUGGUUUGAAGAAGUUCGCGAGAUCCAAAAGGGCGACUUGGUGUUGAUGGUAAGCGGCGCGGUGCGAAAUCAGUACGUAAGAGCGAGAGUUGAAAAGGUAUUCCUGGGACAAGAUGGACGAGUUCGCCAGGCACAGGUGCGCACAGCAACAGGCGUAUAUAAACGGCCGGUGAUUAAGCUGGCAUUGCUCGACGUUUUACCGGAUUGUGAAGCCGCUGAGGACUCAUCAGGAGGUGCAGAUCAUCACCAGUCUUCACGGGUGGGGGAUUGUUACAACGAGCAAUCGAAGUCCCCUCGAACGACCGUUACUGAUAGCAACUGA